AUGUCUUUGCAAGCUAUAGAAGAAAUUGAGAAUGUUGUAACAAAUGGAAUUUAUACUUUUAUACACGAUGGAAAAAAGGGAAACAAGUUUCGGGUAUUACUUACAUAUACCUCUAAAUAUGAUAAGGAAUAUAACUUGAAUGAAAUUUUGGAUUUACACAGACAGGCUCUUUUAAUAGCCACUACGGUUAGGACAAAUGAAAAUAAUACAAUAAAUGAUAGAAAUGUGAAUGAAUUCAUUGCCCAAGUUAAAGUUUUGCAAGAAAUACUUGAUGUUUUAUCCGCGUUAAACCAAAUGGGUCAUUUUGGUUAUAGAAAGUUUGAAAAAAAUUUACAUGGAUUAGAAAACAUGAAAGUUUAUCUUAAAUCUUUAAAGGAUGAAUCGGCAAACUGGCAAAUUAUAGUGAAUAAUGCUCUAGAAAGGUGUUAUUAUUUAACAUUCUUUUCUGCUCGUCAAAUUUUAUCAUUUUAUGAUUAUUUCACAUCAGAAAAUUUAGAUAAGGAAAAUGAAGAAGAAUGUAAAAUAUUAAUUAGAUUUGUAAACAGCAAAGCUCAGUUAUCACCUCGAGAGGGUGUCCAAAAGAUAUCACAUGAAUCUAAUGAUUAUCUUGAAAUACUUUGUGAAAUUGGUAAUGAAUUAGAAAGAAUGAUUAGAAAUGUUCCAAAACAUUCUCGUAAGCUUAAAACUCUUGGACAACACGUAAAGUCGGAUAUUGUUACGAAGGGUAAAUUAUUCGUUGCGGCUUGUAACAACACUACAUUAAUUUCAAAUAUCAUCAUGUCGUUAUUCGCUAAUCAUGGAUCUUACCCAGAACCAUGGCAACUUUUAAUAUGCACUUCGUCAACUACGAUUGAAGAGCUCACAAUUUUCAUUAAAAGAAGUUUUUUUGCUUCAAAUAAUGAAUAUGAGAAUCAUUUAUUCUGUAUUGCAAACCUAGAAUUAUUAGACUUUGAAUUACAAUAUAAUUUGAUUAAUCAAAUCAGAUUAAUGCGAGACCAUGAGGAAAAUUAUCAUUUGGCACUUAUUUGUUGUAGUGAACCUGGAAUGCACCAUAAUGUCUUGGAUCAAUUCUCCUUCGAUGUCCACGCAACUAACGGUUUGUCUACUGAUACAAUGACAGAAAUUUAUCAUGAUUUAUGUCAAAAUGUUAUAUCCGUCUCAUCUGACUUAUCCGGACAAGGUAAAACUGAAUGGAUUAAAGAAAGUAGCUGCAAUAAAAAGAAAAUUCCGCAUAGCUUUUUAAUAAGCGAUGGUAUGGAAUAUUUUAAACUUGUGCAUAAAUUCAAAAAAUGUAAACUUAGUCCCGAAGAAAGUUUACAUAUAAAUAUAGUAUCUUCGGAUCAUCCUGAAGAUGUCAAUAUGUUUUUAUUUGAGUUAUUAACUUUGGGAAUAGUUUCUAACAAUGAUGAAAUGGCUAGUCUUCCACCCUCAGAAGAACCUAUACAAAUAUUUAUCGAAAUAGCCUUCACUAAAGAACAACGUUUGCUUAAUUCUCUUCCUAUGGUGAGAUAUUUAUUGUCCAAACAUUUAACUUGGAAUAUAGAAAAUUUGAGGAUUUCUCAACAAAUUAAUAGUCCAAUUCAGAUUACUUGUCAUUAUUUGAAUUUGUAUGAUCUCAACGAAAUAGAUACAAAAGAAAUCCUUAUUCCAACUGAUGAAGAACCGUUACCGGUAGAACGUUGCCAGAACCUUAUCGAAAAAUAUUUCUUUUAUGAAAAUUCCGAGAAUGUUUUAUCAUUUAGAUACGUUGAAAUCUUUGUUAAUGUUCUUGCAGAACAAUUAGUUCGAUUAUCAUCAUGUCAAUUCUUUACCAUAGAAAAUCUGAAAUUCGCGAUGGGAAACAUCAAUAUUAGAUCUUUAAUAGUUGGAACUUUAAUAAAUGUUUCAAAAGAUUUUGCAACCAGAUCUAUUAAAACAAAGGCGUUACAAAACGUAUCUUUAUUUGACACUUCUCAAAUUGGCUCCAUUGUACAAUGGGAUAAUUCAAACCAUAAUAUAUUAUUUUUUAAUUCUCAAAUUCCAAAUUCUUUUUCUAUGUUAUAUUGCGACAAAAAUAGAGUUCCCAAUGAGAUUAAAUUAUUGCUAAAGAGUCAAGCAAUUGGUAAUCCAGAAAAUUGGGAGUUGGAUGAUUACAAUACAAUGUCUGUAAAUGAGCUCUUAAAGAAGUUAGAAGCAAUGACACGAAGUUCGACAGAAAAAUUAAACUUACCUGAAUAUGCUUUAUCUAGUGAUAAUUUGAUAAAAAUGGCAUUAAUACUUUUAAGAGUUCGUGCAAACAUACCGGUAGUAAUUUGCGGUGAAGUGGGAUGUGGCAAGACUAGCCUAAUUUCAUAUUUAGCUUUUUUGUCUGAGGUUAAAUUCCUUUCCCUUAACCUUCAUGCCGGAGUUGAUGAAGAAGCCAUCAUUUCAUUUAUGAAUUAUGCUUUGGACGAGGCUGAAAAUGGCGAGAUUUGGUUAUUUUUUGAUGAAAUCAACGCUUGCAAUCACAUGGGCUUAUUUGCAGAAUUAAUAUCUCGUAGAAUAUUUAAUGAUAAACCUAUACAUACAAAUAUUCGCUUAUUUUCUGCUUGCAAUCCAUACCGUAUUCGUACAAAAGGUCAAAAUGAAUCUAGUUUAACAAGUAAAGUCAAAAAUUACGAAGAAAAAAGUAAUCUUAUCUACCAAGUCAAACCACUUCCCGAUCAAAUCUUAGACUAUGUAUGGGACUAUGGUAUUCUAAAGUCAGAUGAUGAAUGCAAAUAUAUUCAAAUUAUGAUUGAUAUGGAAUUAAAAAAACUGGCAAGUCCCGUAUUUGCCAACCUCUUAUUCGCUUCUCAAAAAUUCAUACGUGAGGUUGAGGAACCGUAUAGUGUCAGCUUGCGUGAUGUCAAGCGAGCUAUUAAAUUAGUGAAUUUCUUUUAUAAUUCUCUUGAGAAUCGUCCGCCUUUAAAAAAAGGACAUAAAUAUCCAACACCUGGAAAUCCAACCAUAACAACUAGAUCUUACAUUUUAGCACUCAGUCUUUGUUACCAUUCUCGAUUAUGUGCUCAUGAAUUACGUAAACAAUAUCGUCAAGAAAUGGAACAAAUCUUAAAAAAUCAUAACGUUUAUGAAGAAGAUAUAUUUGUCAAAGUUACCCGUGAAGAACAGGAAGAUUACAUUAAUAGAAUGCAAUGUCCACCUAACAUAGCAAAGAAUGAAGCUUUAAUGGAAAAUGUUUUAGUAAUGAUUGUAUGUAUAUUAACCAAGAUUCCUGUGUUCAUUAUUGGAGAAACAGGAUCCUCAAAAUCUUUAACGAUAGAUCUUAUAAGUUCGAAUUUACUCGAUUUGGCUGAAAAAAGUUCUUUCAAUCCCUUAAAAGUACUUCAUUUUUUGCUCGAACCAACCAACGUAUCAGUUAUUGGGAUAUCAAAUUGGCGCUUGGAUAAGAGUAAAAGCAAUCGUGUAUUACUCGUUCAAAGUCACGUUUCACCGAACUUUAAAUGUAUUCUUGUCAUGGAUGAAAAGGAAUUGACUUUAGCUGAUGCUUCCCUUCUUAAUCGAUUUGAAAAGCAAAAGAUGUUGAUUAAUGACGUCCUUAAUACUAGACAAGUAUCACUUGUUGAAAAGUUAGGUGAUUGGGCAAGACGCAUGUCAACAUUAACUGGAGUUGAUCAAAUAUCUGAAUUACAUAAAAAUGAAUUUACGCAAAAAGAUCUGUUUAUCGGAUUCAAUACGAAUGAAACAUUACAAAGUUUGAUCAUUGACUCUACAAAGAAUAAUCCCAAAGUUACGGAUGAAGAAAUUCUAAUAAAGUGUAAGGAACGUCUAAUAGCAAUAGCAACUUCUGAUGGAAUUGUAAGAGCUGAACAAUCAAUGUUAGAACCAGAUGAAAUCGAACGAGUGAAAGAAAUUUAUUUUCAACGAAAACGUGAUAACCUUUACGAAUAUUUUGAUGAUUUAUUA